AUACACAAUAAUUAUUGAGUGAAACCGUUCAGAUAAACAAACCGAAACGAGGUAGAUGAAGAAGGGAAUAACGUUUCAAGCUGGGGGAAAAAACAUCAUAAUCUUUUGUUUAAAUUGUUUUUAAAUUACUGCAAGUGAGAAUAUUUAUAAAUUUGGUGAGGUAAGGAGAAAACUUAACUCGGACAAGAUGUCGAUCGCAGAUAUGGCAGUGAUGGAAACGUUCAAAUUACUGAACCAAGUUCGGUCUCAGGGACCACGGACGGAGAAGGUCGAAAUUGCACAGCUAAAACCAACUUAUUAUAGGCCUAGACCUCCGCCAAAGGAAAAACAACAAAAAAUUGAUCCAUUGCGCGUUCUUGAUCCAGCCAGAAAGAAACUGACAACUGUUGAGUCUCAGAGAGUUCUUGCAUCGUUAGACGAGAGCAUUAAACGAGCUGAGAUUGUCACAUUACUGCCAUUUAUUCAGCAAAAUAUUGACAGAUUUAAUGUUGUUUUGGGUUCUGAACUGAUGAAUGCAAUCCAAGAACACAUACAGUUACAGGAAGCUUACCUAGAGAAAGCCUGCCUCCUAAAAACCAAUGACAAUAUUUCAAGAACAGGAUCUAAAAGUGAACGAUCAACACCAUUUUCUCAGAGAAGCAGAGAUUUAUCGCAGCAUGAAGGAAGUCGUACUAGCAGUGCUGUUAGUCAGGCAAGUGGAGAUGAAUCUAAACCAGAAGACAUAGAAUCCACAGCAAAUGUUGACAAGGAACUCUUACACAGUGUGAGGCUUCUUGAGAAGCAUUUGCACUUCUCUUGCAAAAAUAUUCUGCGACUCUUCAGCAUGAAUCCAGCUGCUGUAAAAGCUAUCAGAUCCGAGGGCCAGUUUAGAGAUGACCAGUCUGAUGCCAUGAUCACAUAUUUGAUUGAGCUAAAAGAAUUCAUCCUGGAAAAGCUACUGACCACACCAUUAGAAGAAGAAGAAAAGAAGAAAUAUGUUACGGAAAUAACAGUCCGAGAAAGAAAAAAUGCAGAAGUGAUAAAAAAAUUAGAAGCAGAGUUGCAAACAGCUGUGGAUGAAAAAGAUGAAGAGAUUACAAAGAGGAAUGAUGAGAUCCGGAAGUUGAAAGGUGAUUUGCAUCAAAUUGAGAAGUUUUCCGAGGAACACAUACGGAGAACAAAGACAGAAGCAGAAAAACAGCAGCAGGCUGACAUGAAGAAUUCUGAAGGCAAGCAGUCGAAGUUGACAGCUGAACUACAAGCGUUGAAGACACAGCAAACUAACUUGAUCGCUGAACAUCGCAAGAGUGAAUUAGCCCUAAGAAAGAGAAAGUAUAAGAUUGAAACUGAAGUGGAGAAUUGGAUCCAAAAGUAUGAUCAAGAUAUGGGUGAAAGACAGGAUGAGUAUGAAGAUGUUGAUGCUGUCUAUACUGAGGAGAAAUCACAACUGAAUGAGCUUGAGGAGAGGUUUAAGACUCUUGAAACAGAAUACACUACUAUUGUAGAGGAGCGUCGCAUUGCAAAAGAGAAGAAAGAACGAGAGGAACGAGAACUGUCUCUGAUGAUCAAGGCAGCCACCGUUGUGCAGGCUUUCUGGAGGUCUUACAAAUGCAGAAAGGCUCUUAAAGCAAAGAACAAAAAGAAAAAAGGAAAAGGAAAGAAGAAAAGUGGAAAGAAAUAAAUAAUGAAUAGCAUACAAUUGACUCACUUUGUAAAUAAUGUAACUACAGAUGUAAAUUGCAUAGUUUACAACUGAUCGUUUAUUAUGAACUCAAAUUAUAUCACCUGUAUAUUUAAGUAAUUUUAGAAAGUCAGUAUUUGAAAUAUUCCUGAAAAGGUUUCCUAAUUAAAAGCUUCUUGUAUGUUAACAACAGAAAGAAUGAUUUUAUUUUGUUUACUAUUCAUUAAUAAACAAAUGUUUCAAGAGGCUACA